UAUUCGUCAACAUAUGGAUACGGCGUCUUCUGAGUUAGAAACGGAGUCCACUUCCGGCCACUGUACCACCGCAGCCGUCGAUUCAAAACAAAAUAAUAAUAAUAAUAAAUAUAAAAAAAGGAGUCAUUCAAUCUUUGAAGUACCGUCCAGUUUCUUCCAUUCUGUUACCAUUUCAUCCAAUAUUAAACAAAGAAUUAUUGGAGUAAGGGAGGACGAUUUCGACGAAUGGACUUCUAAUUCUACAAUUAAUGAUCAUAAUACAUCGAGCACAUCAGUUUCGGAAGAGGAAGAUGAUAGAGAUUCUAGUUGCCUCAAUAACUUAACUUUGGGAUUGUAUGCAAGUAAUAAGCAGAAACUUUUUUUACGUUUGCCAAACGGAGAAACUUUUUCGCUCUGGAAGUGCUUGCUUCUAGGUGACUCUGAGAAAAUUGUCUUUGAAAAUGAUUCAUGUGGAUUCAUCAAGGAUGAUGAUACGCCUUUUGUAACAGUAAGGGAAGUGACUCAGAAACUGCUUAAUGUUAUACGUGAACCUAGAAACCACACGCAUUUGAGAGUUGUGUUGCUUGCUAGUGGUGGGCAUUUUGCUGGUUGCGUCUUUGAUGGAAACUCGGUUGUUGCUCACAAAGCACUCCACCGAUAUGUGGUAAGGGCAAAAGCUGGUAAAAAGCAAUCAUCAGAAGAUGCUAGUGGCAAAACUGCACACUCUGCAGGAGCUUCAGUCCGCCGGCACAAUGAACUCGCAUUAAAGAAGGAUAUUCGUGAAAUAUUUGUGGCAUGGAAACCAUACUUUGAUCUCUCUGAUAGCAUUUUCAUUCAUGCCCCCUCACAUAAUCGGCAACUGCUAUUUGAUGGUGCAAACCCAUGCUUCAGCUGUCAGAGAAAUGUUAUCAGACAUAUUCCAUUGACUGUUCGAAGGCCAACAUUUAAAGAAGCUCAACGAUUAUAUAGAAUAUUAACGCAAAUAUCCUUUGAACCAGAUGAAGAAAUAACACCUAUUGCUAAAGAAGAUUCAUCAAGUACGCUUGGCAAAGAGAAUUUGAGUAGCAUGGAGAACGAGGAUAUAUCGGAAAAAUUUUCUGUAAAAAAUGUAGAACAUAUUCAGGUGUUGUUACCUUUACAUGAAGCAGCGAAAGAUGGAAAUGCAGAGAAAGUUUUGGAACUACUAGAACAAGGUUUUGAUCCUUGUGCUAUCGAUGAAAAGGGACGGACAGCUUACCGGGUUGCAACCGAAAAGGAAGUAAGGAACACAUUUAGACGUUUUAUGGCAUUGAACCGAGAUAAGUGGGAUUGGCAAGCUGCCAAAGUGCCCUGUCCUUUGACAAAAGAAAUGGAGGAAUCUCAGAAAGCUAAGCAGGCAAAGAAAGAUUCUAGAAGGAAAGAAAGAGCCAAAGAGCUGAAAGUCCUACGCAAAGCUAGAUUAAAGAAGACUCGGGAAGAUGUCUCACCCAGCCAUCAGGGUUCUCACUGGUUUUCCAACAGGGCUGCCGGGGUUUUAGUGUUGGUCAUUGGGAGUCUGUUGGUGGUUGCCUUUGGUCAGAAGGGCAGAGGAAGCAGGAAAUACUAGGGAUGAAUAAAGGAAGAAGAUAGAUGUUGCUGCUGAGAAGAGAUUUGCAGUUAUCUAAGCAUGCUGCAUGAUGUGACGUCAGCAGAUAUUACCUGCUUGUGCUAUGAGCGCUUUUCUCCGUCAGUAGAUGUAACGUGCUUGUGUUAUUGAGCUGCUUUACAUAAACUCCCCCGUCCUGCUCUUGUAAUUGAGCAGUAUUCUCUGCACAUUGCCUGAGGUAUGCUAUCAAUGGUUAAUAGUUGGCCCAACAUGAUUGUGAGUCUGUUGAUCAUUACUCCGCCAAACAGCCACAUCUUAAUGGAUCUUCGACAAAGUAUUCUAUGGUUUUAAAGUUCUGGAGCUUAUUACAUAUGGUAAAUUGUAAUUGGGAGAUCAUCAUUUUAGAUGCCUCAAUGGAUUAUAUAUUAUCAUCAAGCAUUUUAAUAAAGCCUGGGUGAUUGUGUAAUUGGCAGAUCAUCAUUUUAUAUGUAGAUUGUCUUUCUGUUGUUCCAUAAGAGAAAAAAUUUUGUAAUAUUUUGAAGAAAGACCAAACCAAUUAAACAUUAAUAGAGGAACUACUAUAUAUUCA